AUGCCGUUCGGCAAAUUGAAGCAACCGAGCGCCACUCAAGCGGAGAUCCGGCAGAUCGAAAGGGUAAGGCUGAAGGUUCCUGCCGUUGAGAGGGUGUACCCGAAGUUCCUUUUUACCGCCAAUCUCAUCAAGGCCCGACUUGUCAACCCUGCCGAGAUGACCGAAGAGAGGAAAGCUGCCGAGGCCUCAACGGCGCCUCAGCCUUCGGGAGGCGUGGACCCUGAUGAUCUGACGCUCAAUGAGCGUCGUCGCCAGAUGCAGGCCGAGUCGGCGUGCGCCGAAGCCAACGAAGCUGUUCCGUCCCCCAACCGAGCUCCGCCCUCCGAGGGUACCUCCUCCAAAGCAGCCGGCAAGAGGCCGUUCACGGUCGACCUUGAUGCCGACCCCGCUCCAAAACGUGGGCGACAAACUGAGCCUGCUCGGGCCGUCUUCUCUGCCGAGGACGACGAGGCGCCUUCCGAGGCUGUCACACUGGCCUGUCCUUCGAAGACAGUACAGUUCGUGAACCACAUGAUCCUUGGUUCACAGAUGGAGCUGUCGGAGAUCGAGGACCUGCCGAAGAAGCUGCUUCGGGAGGAGGCUGGUCGCGCCUUCCGUCUCCAAGCCUCGGCUUCAAUGGACAUGUGGCUCUGCGUUAAGCGGGCCAUCAAUGCCGCUGAGAAGGCGAAGAAGCUAUACGAAGACGGCAGGGCCAAGGUUGCCGAAGCUGGCAAGGCCAUCCAAGCCCAGGCGAACUUGGCCAAGGACAUGCAGGCUGCCGAACGGCAGGUAAAGGUUUAUCAGGCCAAGCUUGGCGAGAUGUCGGCGGCAUUGGAGGCGGCUCAGCUGACGGCGAAGGAGGCUCUGGAGGCGAAAGAGGCGGUCCAGGUGGCCUUCGAGGAGUCCGAGCGGACCAGGGCUUCCGAGAUUGGGGCUGCCGUUCAGGAGGCGAUUCAGGGCUACCGUCGGUCUGCCGAGUUCUCAGCCUUGCUGGACAAGGAGGUAGGCUCGGAAAUGGCGGAACUUGUCUACCGUUUCAAGCGGUACAACCCCGGGAAGAAGCUCAACCUCAAUUUUAUUGCUGAUUCCCCCCCCCUUCCUGAAGGUAUAACCGAAGAAAUGGUCGAGGAGUACGAGGGGGAGGAUGUUGCCGAGGAGGUCCCUGCCGAUCCCGAAGGGGGUGCUGCCGAAGGUGACGGUGCAGCCCCUGAUGCCGACGAGGCUGCCGCCUAA